AUGGGUAUCAAGGGUCUCCUUCCGUUCUUGAAAAAUGCAUCAGUUCCUAUUAAUCUAGCUGAUUUUAGUGGCUAUGUUGCUGCUGUGGAUGUUUACUGCUGGAUUCACAGGUCCUCAUAUUCAUGUGCUUCUGAUCUAGCUCUUGGGAUUCCAACUGACCAGUAUGUCCGGUAUGUUGUCAAGUACAUCAACCUUAUGAAAACAUGUAAUGUUAAGCCAAUCCUUGUAUUCGACGGCUCUGAUUUGCCAUCAAAGGCUGAAACGGAUUUAAGACGUCGAGAGACUAAGGAGUUGAAUCGAAAAAAGGCUGCAGAAUUUCUUAUGAAGGGAAAUAAAGCGGCUGCGCAAGAGUGUUUUGAAAGGUCUGUGUUCGUCACUUCUGAAAUGGCAUACGAGGUUCUUCGAGCUGCUCGUAACAUGGGUGUUGAUUGUAUUGUAGCACCAUAUGAAGCAGAUGCUCAAUUAGCGUAUCUUAAUCGAACGGGUUAUGCUGACCUUGUCAUCACUGAAGAUUCUGAUUUAUUAUUAUUUGGGUGUAGACAGGUUAUAUUCAAACUUGAUUUAUCGGGAUCUGGGGUUCUCGUGGCAGCCGCAUCGGGUAUAUGUGAAUGUUGUGGAAUUCCUGCUAGCCAGUUUACUGAAUCAAAAUUUAGGUUUAUGGGUAUUAUGGCUGGUUGUGACUAUUUCAGUGGAAUACCAGGUAUAGGAUUGACCACUGCUGCUAAAAUACUGCGUCAAACCCGUAUAACAAAUUUCAGAGAGCUGUUGUCGAAAUUGGGAUUUUAUACCAAACUUAGUCGGAACGCUCUUGCAAAGGACAGCACAGACGUCAUAGACACUGGAAAUGGCCGUGAUAAACGAAAAAACGUAAAAACAGCCAGUCAUAACAAAAGUUCGCAAAUUAGUGAAUCACUUCUUAAUGCUGCUGUACGUGCCGAGCGUACAUUUCGACUUCAAGUCAUCUUUGAUAUCGCAUCUAGAUGUCAGAAGCGGUUCAGUGAACCUACUCCUGAAGAUAUAGACGAGGAAUUACAUAAUUUAAAUGGUUUGAAUGAAUCAGAUGGGGACGAAGUUGAUCUAUUUAGUUAUGCAGGACGGGUUUUAAAGGACAACGAGAAAGCAUUCAAUCGAGCUGUUGGAAAUAUCAACUAUUCUGAUGAUACAGUUAUGGAUAAUUAUAAUCCUUGUACAUCAAAACAUAAUUCAGUUCAAGUAAAUGGAACAAUUAUUGGGCAUUCUACUAUACAAACAAAAAUACAAUCAUGUGAACUACGACCUAAUCCAGAUCGUUUAAAAUUAAGCAUAUGGGACAAAAAUUAUCCCACUCAGAAAUUUUGGCUUCGUCGUUCUCAGAACGGUUGCAUUGAACCUGUUUCAGAUUUCUUCUCAAUUGAUGCAGAUUUUUCUUCCGUUGAUAAAGAAAAUGAAAACUUCUUAGAAAAAUCACCUAUAAAAAAAGUGGAGUUGAAGAACGCUCAAUCAACUUGUGGACGUCGAAUAUUGAUUCCUACGACUAUUCAACAAAGUCUUAAAACUCUAAGAAACAGUAUAUCUGUUCCACAAAUCGAACCUCAGAAUGCUGCUAAACGCUUAUGCCUUGGACUCAAUAGCUCUACAGUAAAUGACACUUGCGAUGUUCUCCAAGUUUACAGUCAAACUGAAGAAUUCCCUACUACACCUAAACUGAAAGAUCGAAAUCAACUUUCAUCUUCGAUUGUUUCUGCUUCGUGUUACUUUCCAAUUCAAGAAAAGAGUGAUGAUGUUGCAAAAGCUAUAGACAAUGCUAUGGAUAAUUUAUCAGAUGAUGAUAAUGAUGAUAAUCUUGAGCGUUCCGAAACUUCUCGUAGCCCAGUAUUUUACAAAGCUAACUCAAAUCCUUUUCGAAUAGCAUCUGAAUCAUAUUUAUGUAAAUCAAAAGUGAAUAUUGCUAAUAAUUUCGAUAUUUCAGUAAAGUCAAAUAAUGAAAAUAAGGACAACUCUCCUGUUGUUCCCAGUAAUAAUAUGCAGUCUACCUGUCGACGCUCGUUUGAUUUCAAACAUUUCCAAUACAAGAAACCCUCUCAACCCUUGUGGGCAAAUUCUUCAUCGGUUGAACCAAAUAAUAAACGGCCAAAUUCCUUCAAUUCUCUGACAUCUGUCCUUGACCAAUCGGAGACUGAGUUACAAGAUAGCUGCUCGUCAACGGAGUCAUCUCCAAGUUUUCUAAAUUCCCAUAAAGUUGUUUCCCAUACUUCAAGUUUGCCAAAUGGAAAAAUUACUUGUAAUCGUUUCUCGGAAAACAGUAACCAAAAUUCAAGUGUACAAAAUUCUCAUGUUUCGGAUCCUGUACUGCUACUAGAUGCAAGCACUUUAGGUUCAAAACAAGAUAGCGUCUCAAAACUAUCGAGUAAUGUUUUUAAAAGUAAACACUCUUCACAUUCAAAGAUAUCCAACAAAAAUCGUAUACCAUUAGUACAAUCUUCAAAUUUAGAUUCGUUUUUUCAGAAAUGGAAAUUUAAAUAA